AUGCUGCGGCACAUCCCUUCCGGCAUCACCGUCGAGUUCUGUUUCAACUCCCUUGGAGGCUUCAGAUACUGCAACGGCAAUGACGCACAGCCGCGAUACGUCUCGCAGGAUAUGGAGUACCUCACGGUGCAGGACUGGCGGUCGGACAUGGCGGGCGAGGCUAUCAAGAUCCAGCACCAGACCAGCACGAGCCCCCGACAGGGAGUGUACCUGACUCCGAUGGGCUUUCUCUUCAUCGGGACCGAAGGGGCCAUGAUCGUGGACGAGAGGGGGGACCUCGGAGUGAGCAUGGAGGAGGCGAUUGGGGUGGUGGCGAUGUGGAAUGCAAACCGCCUUUUAGAGCUCAACCUUCAUUAA